CGGCGGCCCCUCGGGAAGGUGCCCGAGCGCAGCCCUGGCGCGGGCAGGGAGGAUGGGAUGACUGCGCGUGUCGCAGUGUGAGGAACAGGGAGCCGGGAGGCGUUUCGGGAUUAAAGAAAAACGCCCCAUUCUAGAUUUCGGACGGUUUGGAUACAUUCCACAUACUUCCGAAGGGAUCUGCCCAGCACUUUGGGAGUGUUAGAAGAGGUCAGGAGACCGAGCUUCUCAGCAGUUAUUAGAUAUCUGUCCAUUCCAGAACUAAUUUUUGCUACAGCCAGAGACUGAAAUGGCAUGACUGGAGUUUUAAGUAAUUUGACUUUGACAGUUUCACCAUUUUCUGAGAACUUGGAGCAGAAUUUGGACUCUACUCCUGCACUAUCCUAGGUUAUAAUGCCGUCCUUUUCUAAUGAGGGAGAUAACCGUGGAACUGAUCCUCUGACUCUGAGUUCAGAACUACCCUAUCAAGGCACAACUAAAAGAAAAGUCAGAAAGAAGAAGAACAAUGGAGUCAUCACUGCAAAUAUCGCUGGCACAAAAUAUGAAAUUGUACGUAUAGUAAUAAAAGAAAUGGGAUUCAAGAAAACACCUGAUGAAGAUGAAACAGCCAAUCUGAUCUGGAGUGACUGUGCUGUGCAGCAGGAGAAGAUUGCUGAGCUCAGGAACUAUCAGAGAAUCAACCAUUUUCCAGGAAUGGGAGAGAUAUGCAGAAAGGAUUUUCUGGCAAGAAACAUGACUAAAAUGAUCAAGAGUCAGCCUCAGGAGUACAGUUUUAUUCCUCGGACAUGGAUCUUCCCUGCAGAAUACACACAGUUUCAGAACUAUGUAAAAGAACUGAAGAAGAAACGUAGACAGAAAACUUUCAUAGUCAAACCAGCUAAUGGUGCAAUGGGACAUGGGAUCUCCUUAAUAAGAAAUGGAGAAAAGUUACAAGCUCAGGAUCACUUAAUUGUUCAGGAAUAUCUUGACAAACCGUUUCUUAUGGAAGGCUACAAGUUUGAUUUACGUGUGUAUAUUCUUGUAACCUCCUGUGAUCCAUUAAAAGUAUUUUUAUAUCAUGAUGGACUGGUGAGAAUGGGCACAGAAAAGUAUCACCCCCCCAGUGACUCAAAUUUGAGUCAAUUGUAUAUGCAUCUGACUAACUACUCUGUCAAUAAACAUAAUGAACACUUUGAACGGGAUGAAACAGAAGACAAAGGAAGCAAACGCUCCAUAAAAUGGUUUACUGAGUUUCUAGAAACAAAUAAUCUUGAUGUCUCCAAAUUCUGGAGUGAUAUUUCAGAGCUGGUGGUGAAGACUCUGAUUGUUGCAGAGCCCCAUGUUCUCCACGCGUACCGCAUGUGCAGGCCCGGGCAGGCACCGGGCAGCGACAGCGUCUGCUUUGAGGUCCUGGGAUUUGAUAUUCUGCUGGACAGAAAGCUGAAACCAUGGCUCCUAGAGAUUAAUCGUGCCCCAAGCUUUGGAACGGAUCAAAAAAUAGACUAUGAUGUAAAAAAAGGUGUUCUGCUGAAUGCAUUACAACUUCUCAACAUACGGACAAGUGAUAAAAGGAGGAAUUUAGCUCAGCAGAAGGCUGAGGCUCAGAAAAGGCUGUAUGGUCAGGGCUCCAUGAGAAAACUGCUGCCAGGCUCCUCGGACUGGGAGAAGCAGCGGCACACGCUGGAGAGGAGGAAAGAGGAACUGAAGGAAAGACUUGCACAAGUACGUAAACAGAUUUCCAAAGAGGAGCAUGAAAAUAGACACAUGGGGAACUACAGGCGAAUUUACCCUCCUGAUGAUAAGACCUUGCUUGAAAAGUAUGACACUUUGUUAGCCACUGCUUUCCAGACCUUUCUUGCUGGAAGAGCAGCUUCGCUGCAGCGGGAAAUGAAUCAUCCUUUAAAAAGAAUGAAGGAGGAGGACAUUUUGGAUCUUCUGGAGCAGUGUGAGAUAGAUGAUGAAAAGCUAAUGGGAAAAUGCACCAGGCAGCGAGGACCUAAGCCCUUGUGUUCAAUGCCAGAAAGUGCACAUUCCUUAAGGAAAAUUAAGAACCACAGUAGUGAUAGUAGCUGUGAUAGUGGUAGCUGUGUGUCAGACUCAGGAGAGGAAACUGAAAAGGAAGAUCACAAUGAAAAAAAAGAGAAAAAAGUUUCAUAUGAUCUUGAAGAAAAUAAAUGCAAACCUUUGGAACGAUCAGGGAGAAUGAACUGGAAACCCUCCACUAAAGCUGCCAAACCUCCCUCGUACUCGUCCCCCACGUCCUGCCCAGCCCCCAUGAGGCGCUCAGUGAGCUGCCCCCGCUCCAUCUCCGUGCUCACCCUGCAGUCCCAGGCAGAGCCACGGCCCUGCUCAGCCAAGGCCCCUCUGCAGCUGCACAGAACAUCCUCAGUGAACAGGUCCCACUCCUUAAACCGCAGCCCAUCCUCGGCCAGAGGCUCUCACACAGCCACCCUGGGAACUGGGAGCUCUUCAGGGAGUUUUCCAUCUCUAAAGUCAGUUAAUAGAAUUGGAAAGACAUUAAGAUUGUGUCUUCCCAACAAGGCGCUGAAGAGUGAGUCUUUGCUGCUACAGAAAACAAAAGAGCAAGAAGCUGCUCUGACAAAAGAGACUCUUCUCCUUAUCAAUGACAUGAGAAUCAAGUUCCCAGGAAAAACAGAUGAAGAAUCUGAAUUAAUUAUAGAAGACAUUAUGGAUAAUUGGAAGUAUCAUAAACCAAAAGUGUCAUCCUAUUGGAUGUCAAAACUGGAUCCAGUAAAGCAACGAAAAGUUCUGGAUAUAGUCAGGACAGGUGUUCGUGCAGUUCUGGAGCACGUGUGGAAAGCUCCAGACGUGGACAGUUUGCAUCUCUACCGCCUGUUUAACCGGCUGUUCAGUCGCUUGCUCUGGGGCCGUGGUCAAGGCCUGUGGAACUGUUUCUCUAAUUCAGGGAGCUCUUGGGAAACCAUGUUCAGUAAAAGCCCAGAGGUGGUGACUCCUGAGCAACUGCAGUGCUGCCAACGAAUAGUGCAGCUCUGUAAACGCUGCCUGCUGGUGGUGUACAAAUACUCAGCAGAUUCCAGAGCAUCCCCAACUGGGAUUAGCCACCACUGGGAUGAUACAAGGUAUUUAUUGCCAGGACCUUCACUGUUCGUCCUGAAAUCCUCCUCAUCCAAACGUAGCUGCAGUUCAUCUGGAAUGCCUCGCCCUAACAUUCUGUUCACACACAGAUACAGUCACUUGUGAAGUUAAAGGAAAGUUGCUCUUUGUAAAUAAUAGCACCAAUAUUUUUUUUUCAGUUUGAAAUUUGUGAUGAAGCUUAAUAUAAACACUGUUAUAUAUUUCCUACCAUCAUAUUAUAAUAAAAUUUAGCUUAAACCCUACUGUAAAAGCAUAGCUUUUCUGGGAACAUAAUAAAUCUUGUUGUUUACAUACACAUGUGAAUGUGUAGAUCUUGCUAGGUUUAUAAGUAAUUCCUUCCUACUAGAAAUGUUAUUUUUGCUGCAGAAUAUAUAAAAUGGAAUUGAUCUUGAAGAUUCUAUUACAGUAUUACAUUAUUUUGUAAGUAUAAUACUUUGACUUGAAAAUUAUUUAUUGUAAACUAUAUUAUUUAUUGUCUCAAGUGUAAUUGAUCCUUUAACAAGGCAGAUAAUUAAAAAACUCUAGUAGAACAGUAAAACUGUAACAGGCAUUGAAAAUACUCUGAUCAGUUCUUGGACAUGUUUAAAAUAAAAGCCAAAAAACUCUGUAAGCCAAACCUAAAGCAGACAUAUUUUUAUUUCUUCUCUGAAAUGACAAGAUCUAUUUAAUGCUGCUAUUUUUCUUAAAGGACAUGAUAUAGUAUCUUUUAGCCAAAGCGAAGGCAUCUAGUAGACACACAGUAAAAUGUCAGUUAAGCAUUCACUCUCUAACUGCAUUAUGGUAAUCAAAUGAAGGCAGUGUUUGUUUCCAGAUUUUUGUCCCAUUACCUGUACCCUGUGCCUUUAGGUUUCCUUUGGGAGCAGGAAGUCACCUCAGCUCGCCCAAGCAUGCACAUGCACAGCUCUGUUUUACUGCAGGAGUGGUAAACAGACAUUUUAGGAAUUACUGCAGCUGCAAUGUAUAGUUUCAAACUCUAAUUGGUUUGUUGUAGUUUUUAGCAUGCAAUCCAGUACCUACUGUGGAAUGUAUCCCUGCAAUGGACAGUAUUUUCUAGGUUGCUGACAUGGUUACAUGUUGGAAAUGUAGUUCAUUUGAAAGCUCUCACUCAGAUCCAGCUUCCUGGGGCUGGCUGAAGGGCACAAAAAUCAAACAAGCCAGAGCAGGAACUUAGUUUUAACAAGAUUUGUAGCCUGAAAACAUCAUUCAGGUUUUGCUACAUACAGCCAUUCAUCCCACUCAGCAUUGUGUCAUGUGAGCCUUAUUCAUUAUAGAAAUAAUUAUUAAACAAAUCAGUUAAUCUAGAUUUAAAAAUUAAUUAAGUUUUUUAACUGAGUAAAGAACAGAGUAGUUAUUAUUUACCAAAGACUUGUGUACUUAUCAAUCAUUUAACCCUGACAUGUGUUUGUAAAUUAUUGAUGUAUUUCAGGUAUACUUAAAAAAAUAAUUUGGGGGCUACUUAUCCUCAGGAGCAAGUAUGUUAAUAGUUUUUGAUAUCCAGCAAUUUAAGACAAAUUUAAGAGACUUAAGAAAUUUGAGGUUGAAGUUGUAUGGAAAUGUGUUGUUUUGGGGUUUGUUUUUUUUUUACUUUAGUCACAGGAUAUAUAAAACUGGGAAUUUGGGUGAGAUUUUUGAUGCCUGUGCUGUAGUGCCUCAGCUCUACAACUGCAGAAGACUAUUUGUAAACAAUUAAAAAAUUCUCUUGAGAUUAGCCAGAUGAAAGCAGUCUUUUUGUCUGGUGAAGUCUUUUUAAUUUUUGUGGUAAUAUUAGUUCAGUAAUAUAACAUGUUUGCAUUAAUUGUAUAUCUCUUUUGGUCCAUACAGUGACUAUUAAAGCCUACCCUGGUUAUCUGUAAGACCUAAUAAAAGCUGUAAAUUUUCUCUCCUUGGA